AUUAGAGAGGUCUGCCAAGAGUUUGAUUUUCACACACACUAAGUUGGCUGCAUUGACGUGUGGUAGCAAUCCUCCAUCAUUUUAUUCAUAAGUUUUUAAUACGUUUUUAAUUCUAUUUUCCAGUAUAAAAUUUAUUGUUUUUAUUUGUGACUUUUUAUUUAUAAAAAUUAUUAUUAUCCACAUGUUUAAGUUACAUAAUCAUUUACAUUACAACAGUGGUGGUUUUUAAUAUAUAAAAAUUGUUGUUUGUGGAAGUUGUUCAUGUUAUUAUAAUCCCCGGUUUUGUAAUUUGCUGUUGUAUAUCUCUGAACCGACGCUAAACAGACAGUGAGUGUGAAUAUUGAAACAUCAAAAUUAAAUUAAAACUUAUGAGUUUGUAAUUUUUGUUUUGAUAAACAGAUAAAUUCCUAAUAACUCAAAUCUUCCAAAAUAAAAAACAUGGAUCUCGACCCGAAACCAAUCCACAAUGACAACCCAUCAGUUACUCUCACAAUUCGACUUAUUAUGCAAGGAAAGGAAGUUGGUAGUAUUAUUGGAAAAAAAGGCGAAAUCGUAAAGAGAUUUAGAGAAGAGUCUGGAGCCAAAAUCAAUAUAUCAGAUGGAUCAUGCCCUGAACGAAUUGUGACAGUCACCGGACAAACAAAUGCCAUAUUUAAAGCAUUCACAUUGAUCUGCAAAAAAUUUGAAGAGUGGUGUUCGCAGUUCCAAGAGUCGGUGAGCACGGGUGCAAGUAAUGGAUCAGUUCCACGGCCACCAAUUACACUACGUUUAAUUGUGCCUGCAAGUCAAUGCGGUUCUUUGAUUGGUAAAGGUGGUUCAAAAAUUAAAGAAAUUCGUGAAGUUACUGGUGCUUCCAUCCAAGUUGCCAGUGAAAUGUUACCAAAUUCAACGGAACGUGCUGUAACCAUCUCUGGAAUUGGGGAAGCCGUGACACAAUGCAUUUAUCACAUAUGUUGUGUCAUGCUUGAGUCCCCUCCUAAAGGCGCCACGAUUCCCUACCGCCCUAAGCCUCAGGUCGGCGGACCUGUGAUCCUGGCCGGUGGACAAGCUUAUACCAUCCAAGGCAACUACGCCGUACCUGCCCAUUCCGAUGUAAGUAAUACCACAGCCUUAAUGGCUCCUCACCACCCAGGCCCCCCUUGUGCCAGCCUAUUCCCCCCUGGCCCCCAUCACCCCUUGCUGGCGGCCGUCGCCGCGACCACUGUGGCAGCACAGGACGCACUCAAGAAUGGGGGACAUUUUCCGCAGGCUGCGGCUCUUCCGCCUAUACAUCUCGCUGCCAUGCAGGAUAUUGCUGGCAUUGGUAAAAGUCCAUUGGCUGGUUUGGCAGCCUUAGGUUUGGGAGGAUUAGCUCCCGCAAAUACAGGAGGAUUAAAUCCAGCAGCAUUGGCAGCCUUAGCUGGUUCACAGUUACGUACAGGAAAUCAAAAUCGCAAUCAACAGAAUUCCAAUCAACAAACACAUGAGAUGACAGUGCCAAAUGAAUUAAUUGGUUGUAUUAUUGGUAAAGGUGGUACAAAAAUUGCUGAAAUUCGUCAAAUUUCGGGUGCAAUGAUACGAAUUUCCAAUUGUGAGGAUCGUGAAGGUGGUAAUACAGACAGAACAAUCACAAUAUCUGGCAAUCCAGAUGCUGUUGCGUUAGCACAGUAUCUAAUUAACAUGAGUGUUGAACUGCAGAAAGCUAACCUAGAAGCUACCCAAACCACUAGUCCCACAAGCGGGGGCGGAGCGACCGCCCCUACUCCUGCCUCCUCGGCCGCAGUGUCCGCUUCUCCCCUCGCGAGUGCCAUCCCACUGGCUCAGCUCCUGUCAAAGCCAGGUGCAUUGAAUGCAUUAACUAGCCUAACGGCACUCGGAGGACUAACUGAGCUGCUAGGAGGAGCUCAUGCCAGCGCAGCGGCCGCACCUGUGCAGACAACUGGAGUUCAUCGAACACAUAAACCAUUUACACAACGUUUACGAUCACCAGGAAGUGGUGGAUCAAAUUCAAGCGAAAAUUCCAAACUGAAAUCAGAUAGAAAUAAAUUCAAUCCUUACUGAAUUUGUUUAUCGAUUUGAGUUUGUUGUGAUUGCUUUAUUUUGACGCAUUGUUUGUUCGAUUUAAAUAUCUUAUUUGUUUAUAAUAAAUAUUAAUUUGGGUCGACAGAAGUUGAUAAUACUUCAAAUGACAGCAAAAAAUAUAUUUACAUCGAGCAAUCAGGAAGGAUAAUUUUUAGUUAUUAUAUAUUAGUAAUCAGGUUUAUUGCCAUAUUUUGAAUGAAAUUUAUCGAAGUAAGUUUUUUUUUUCUUAUACAUAUCGUUUACAUUUUUUUUAAGAAAAGAGAUUAUAUUUUUACGCCAAACAAUUUAGUAAACUUAUCACAAAGUUAGCCUUUCAUAUAAGAGUAUAAUUAGCUAGUUGGAUUAAUAAAAUUCACUGAAUUAGUAUAGUUUGUUGAUCAAAAUGUGAUAUCAUAUCAUUCAGAUCCUGAACUCUUAAUGAAGCGACAUUUAGCGACAUUUCUAUUAUUCUUUUUUACUUAAACAUAAACGUCAAACAUAAAAAAUUCGAUUUUAAUAAAUUCGACACUUCGACAAUAUUCAAAUUAUUUAUUUUAAAACUUCUAUCAAUCCUUAAAAAGGCAGACAAAAAAACUCAUAGAAAUUUCGAUUCAUUAUGGGCUCAUGGUCUAUAAUUUCAUAAACGGGACAGAUAUUAUGCACUGAAAGACAAUAUCCUAAAAUAGCAUUGCAAUUACUCUUAAUAGAAAGAAUAGGCAUUAACUUUUUUUUUUGUGCAAACGUAAAAUUUUGGUAAAAUUUUGUAAAAAUAUAAUCUCCAAAGUUUUUUUGUUUUUUCGAUUUAUUGUAUUUUCUGAUAAUCAUGAAUUACUUUAACGA